ACAGAGUUAAAAGAUUAUAAUAUCUUAUCACCUGUAUUUUACUCAAAAACCAACAGAUCGUAUUAUAGCAUAGCACAGAGUAGAAAUUUAUAAGUCGUAGUUAUAUUAUUCAUAAAACAGUUUGAAGAUGUUCAAUAAACAUGCGUCAGGUUCCUGUGGGAUUUGCAAUAUGGGGUUUCUGGGCACACUGGAAGACCAUAAAAAAUCCAAAAGACAUAUAAGCACAGCUAAAAAACUGUUUUGUCACACAUGCAACGUCCAGUGUUCUUACAGCGAUUUCUAUGAGCAUAACGAUUCUGUAGAUCACGCAAAAAAAGCGAACUUAAGAAUAUUGGAGCCUUUGUUUUAUCACGAAAAUUUAGAUGUCAAGGAAGCCUUGUAUCAGGAGAUUCAGAAAUUAACCUAUAACUUGUAUUACUCCAAUCUGUUCCCAUAUGAGGUUGCUAUGAAGUAUUUGAAGAAAUAUAAUGAGGAAGUUAGUGCAAUGAUUCGGAAAAAUAAGGAACUUAUUAAAGAAAAAAAUGGUGAAAAUGAGGAGCUUGAGGAAGACAACAAUGGAAAUGGUGACAGUGAUGAAGAAAACCAAGAAAAUACUUUGGAAAAUAAUAAAAUUGAAAAAGACACUAAAAAAACUAUCCAAACUACAGAAAUGAUACAUAAAUCUUCUGAAUCAGAACAGUACAAUAUAAAUUUACAUCUCCAAGCUGUUCAAGAGGACAAAGAUACGUUAAGAUGCGAUAUUAAGGACAAUCCUUCAAAUACUCACAGAAUUCAAGUUUUAGAUGGCGUAGAAUUACUUUUAAAUACGGUUAAAAACAAAUAUUGUCCUUUGGAGGAUGUUCUUAAUAAAAUAAAGCAAUGGAACGCAAAUUUGGAGAAAGUAAUUAAAGAUAAUAACUUAAAGAAUACCUAGUUAGAAAUAUUUUAAGUUAUUUUCUAAAAAUAAAUUAUAAUUUUGAUUUUGUAACUAUUUUGGCAUAUUUCUUUAAUAAACAUUGAUAAUUUAGUAAA